AUGGAGCGUGUGCUGUUGCCUCAAAUCGUGUUGCAAACCUUCGAUGGCAACAUCGAUGAUUGGUUGAGCUUCCGUGACCUGUAUUUGUCGCUCAUACAUAGGAAGGCAGACUUACCGGAAGUGGAAAAAUUCCACUACCUCAAAGGGUGCUUGGCAGGCGAAUCCAAGUCACUAGUGGAUCCGCUGCCAAUUACGCGGGAGAACUAUCAGGUCGCGUGGGACUCUGUAAUGAAACGCUAUAACGAUAGCAAGCAGCUUAAGCGUCGUCAAGUUCAGGCGCUGUUCAAGUUACCGAAGCUGGCUAAGGAGUCGGCUACCGAGUUGCGGUCCCUACUGGAGGGCUUCGAGCGGUCUAUGCAGACGCUAGAUCAGCUAGUUCAACCAGUUGAAUAUAAAGAUCUGCUGCUGUUGGACGUCCUAUGCGCGCGACUGGAUCCGAUAACUAGAAGAAGCUGGGAAGAACUAUCCUCAACUAAGGAGCAGGAUACGAUCAAGGAUCUAACUGAUUUCCUCCAACGUAGAGUGAAAGUCCUUGCUGCUCUACCAACCAAGUCCUCGAGUUACAAGGAAGAACCUCCUCAACAAAAAAGGGCACCGUUUCGGCACUUGAGCUACACCACUGUUCAGAGGGAACGUUGGGGCUGUGUAGCGUGCCAAGAAGAUCACCCACUAUAUCAAUGCCCGAGAUUUCAACGGAUGUCUAUACCCGAUCGAACCAAGGUGUUACGGGAUAACGGGCUCUGCCGGAACUGUUUUAGGCAUGGCCAUUGGGCGGUGGAUUGUUCAUCCCCAUAUACAUGCCGGAACUGCAGAGGUAAGCACCACACUUUGGUAUGCUCCCUAACCCCAUCCAACGGAAGUAGAAACGGAUCACCGACGCUCCGAGCCCCUGCAGCGAGCAGAAGUACCCAUUCCGAAAGGCCGACUACACAAGGAGGAACACCAGCGCAGGUGUCAUCCAAUGUAGCCGGAACAAAGGUAUCGUCGAUACUCCUUGCAACGGCCGUCAUCCUAGUGGAAGGGAAUAACGGAGUUCGUGUUCCGGCCAGAGCACUUCUAGAUUCCGGCUCCGAGUGUAACUUCAUGACUGAGAAGCUGGCUCAACAACUGAAGGUCCAAAGGCAACGGGCGGUUGUUGAAGUAUGCGGAAUAGGACAAGCCAACAUGAAGGUGAAGCAGAAGGUGACAUCCACCAUAUGGUCGCGAGUUACAGGAUUCUCGAGAAGGUUGGAAUUCCUGUUGCUGCCAAAGGUGACAGCGAAUCUCCCUACUACCAACGUAGAUGUGACGGGAUGGGAGUUCCCUGAAGGUUUAAGGUUAGCGGAUCCAACGUUUUUCAGAUCCGAGGCGAUUGACCUCGUGCUGGGCAUCAAAAACUUUUUUGAAUUCUUCAAUACCGGAAAUGAAGUACCACUUGGUGAAGGUCUCCCAAUUCUCACUCAGUCAGUGUUUGGAUGGGUAGUGUCCGGAAGUGUGGACAGGCCGCACAAUAACUACCGCAUCACAAGCAAUGUGGCUGUUUGCCUGAAGGAGAAACUAAUUCGUUGUCCGAAGAGUAUAUCGGGUCUCUGA